UAGUGUACAUAUAUAAGUAACAAUAGCUUCGCUUUUCGAAUCAUUCAUUCAGUGCAGAGCGAAGAAGUUGCGGCAAGAUGGUAACAAAUCAGAUUGUAGUUUUAUGCUUCGUGGUGAUGUUGGGCUUCGUGUCCUCGGCGCCACCACAGAAAACAACCCCGAUACCCAUUCUCAGAUCAGCGCAGGAGACAGACUUUGCUGGAGGAUACAGUUUCAGUUUCGAAACCGGAAACGACAUCGCUCGGGAGGAAGUGGGGGAGUUGAGGAACGCGGGAACACCCGACGAGCACCAGGUUGUGCGCGGCUCCUACAGGUACAAGGAUCCUGAAGGAAACGACAUUGUUGUUACAUAUACUGCUGACGAAAACGGUUUCGUACCUCAAGGUGCUCAUCUGCCGGUGCCACCACCAAUACCUCAGGCUAUCCUAGAGGCACUGGCCAAGAAUGCAGAAGAGGAAGCAAGGCUGAGCGAGGCCGAGAGAGCGGAAAUCGAUUCCGGAAGAUACGUCAUACACUAAGCAAUAAAGGAACGGAUGAUCUGCGUUUCUUGUGGUAACAAAUGCAUUAUCCACUACUCAUGACGAACUUGCCUAAACAUCUGAGUGUGUCAGAUGUGUAACAUUUACAAUUACAGGUGUCACAUGACUUCGAAGAAGCAUAAGAGUAAACAGUCUGAAUCCUGUACUUGGAACUGAGGCUCUUGCAGUGGAGAUUAUGAAGAUUAUGGUGAUCUGGGUUGUAAAACAGUGCAGUGCGGAUAACACAUUUUUCGGAGGAUGGAGCCCACUGGGGGCUCUUUCCCGAGGGUAAAGCGGCCGGGGUGUGAAGUUGACCACUCACCUCCAACUAUUGCCGAGGUA